UGCAUGUUCUUCUCUUUAUUUCUUCUUUUCAAUACCAUUUUCUCAACUGGGUAUUGCAUUGCAUUGCAAUUCCCUUAGAUAUUUGAAAAUUGGGGGAAAUUUGGCAUUACAAUUAUGAGGCUGUAUUUUUGUUUUGGAUUGUUGGUUUUGCUCAGUGGUAUUUCGGUAAAAGCAGAAGAUCCCUAUAGAUAUUUUACAUGGACAGUUACAUAUGGAACAAUUUCUCCUCUUGGUGUUCCUCAAAGGGGUAUCCUUAUUAACGGACAAUUUCCUGGCCCAACUAUUGAUGCUGUUACUAAUGACAAUAUAAUUGUUAAUGUGAUUAACAAAUUGGAUGAACCUUUCCUCAUUACAUGGAAUGGGAUUAAACAAAGAAGGACUACAUGGCAAGAUGGAGUUUUAGGAACAAAUUGUCCAAUUCCUUCGAACUCAAAUUGGACAUACAAGUUCCAAAAUAAAGAUCAAAUUGGAACUUUUAACUACUUCCCUUCAAUUGGAUUGCAAAGAGCUGCUGGUGGAUUUGGAGCUUUCAAUGUUCAAUCUAGGUCUGUCAUUGCAAUUCCAUACCCAAUUCCAGUUGAAGAAUUUACCUUGCUUAUCAGUGACUGGUACAAGACUGAUUUCAAGGUAUUGCAACAGCAAUUGGACCAGGGCAUUGCUCUUCCUCUCCCUGAUGCUCUUCUUAUUAAUGGGAUCAAUAAAGGUGCUACCUUUACUGGUGAAAAAGGGAAAACUUACAAGUUUAGGGUUUCAAAUGUGGGAAUUGCAACUUCAAUCAACUUCAGAAUCCAAGGCCACACAAUGACCCUUGUUGAAGUUGAAGGAGCUCAUACUCUGCAAGAGGCGUAUGAGUCACUUGAUGUUCAUCCUGGUCAGUCUGUGGCUGUUUUGGUUACAUUAAAUGGCUCGCCCAGAGACUACUAUAUUGUUGCCUCUACCCGUUUCACAAAGCCCAUUCUCACCACUACCGGAAUUCUCCGGUACGCCGGCUCCACAACUCCACCCUCUCUCCCAUUGCCUAUUGGCCCAACUUAUCACAUCCAUUGGUCUAUGAAACAAGCCAGGACCAUCAGGUUGAAUUUGACUGCAAAUGCAGCUAGGCCUAACCCUCAAGGGUCAUUCCAUUAUGGAACCAUAAAAGUAUUGAGGACAAUUAUUUUAGCUAAUACAGAAGCAAAGAUUGGAGGCAAGCUAAGAUAUGCUGUUAACAGCAUAUCCUAUGUGGAUCCAAAAACCCCAUUGAAGCUUGCUGACUGGUUUAACAUUCCUGGUGUCUUUACCUUGAAUUCAAUCAAGGAUGCACCUACUAAUGCUUCAGCUGUCCUCGGAAAUCCUGUUAUUGGAACAACACUUCAUGACUUUGUUGAAAUUGUGUUCCAGAACACAGAAACAACCACCCAAUCUUGGCAUCUUGAUGGAUAUAGUUUCUAUGUUGUUGGAUAUGGCUCUGGUGUAUGGACCCCUGAUGUGAGGAAGAGAAAGAAGCUUUAUAAUUUGAAUGAUGGCGUUCCUAGACACACUGUUCAGGUGUAUCCCAAUUCUUGGAGUGCUGUGCUUGUGUCAUUGGACAACAAGGGUAUGUGGAAUUUGAGGUCUGCAAUCUGGUCAAGGAGAUAUCUAGGGGAACAACUAUAUAUUAGGGUUUGGAAUGAUGAACACAGCCUUUACACUGAAACUGACAUCCCUGAAAAUGCAUUGUUCUGUGGCUUGGCUAAACGGCCAUAGAAAUAGAUUAUAUUUGUUUUAUUUCUGUGUAACUUCUAGGGUUAAUCUUUGAUUUAUUUUUUUUCCCUUUUUUUUUUUUUUUUUU